AUGCAGUGUUAUAGUUUCAGGCAGUUGGCUGAAACUAAUACUAUCGAUGAAAAUGAAGAUUUUGGGUGGGGAAACCCGACUUUGGUUAGCAUCUCAGGGAUUGAUAGCCAUGAUCGAGAGUUUACCGAUUGUUUUAUUCCACAAAACGAUAGGCAGCAAAAUGUCAUUGAAGCCUGUUUAUCAGUCCAGUCUAAAUAUUCCAUGAACAUUUAUGUAGUGCUUGCGCCACAAUCUGACUGCUUUUAUCAAUUAUCAUUGCUUCUAUUAGUUUGGAAAAAAAGUCCACAAUUGAAUUUUGGAUCCACCAAAAGCCAUCAAUCCUAUCCUCUCUCAGUUGUUACUGUCCCCAACAUGCAUGCAACUGAGCCGCCGCCCUAUAUAUUGCUUCAUCAUUUGCCUCUCCUCUCUACCGCUCCCCAUCUCUCUAUGGAGGAGCGGACUACAUUGCCUACCAUCACCAAUAGUCCUAACUCUCGUCAAGGAACUGUUGGAAUUGAAGUCCCACAACCCAAGCCUGGUUUUAUGGCAGGAACCUACAUUAUUCAGCUGCCUUUCUUCCCUGCUUUGACGCCAGUGCAUUUCUGGGCAAUAAUGCAUAUUAGUGACAAAAGCAAAGUCGUUCCAGAUUCAAGCUGCCUUGUGCUUUCACAUUUGCUUAGUGGGAGAAUACUAGAUCUGAUGGUUCACUGUUUUCAGUCGGGUGGAAUUGGUUUAUCUGUUCAAUAUAGGAUGCAUCCCCAAAUUAGGGAUUUCCCAUCCCGGUACUUCUAUCAAGGACGUCUCAUUGAUAGUGGAAGUGUUGUCAGCUUACCUGACGAGGUUUACUACAAGGACCCUUUACUUAAACCUUAUUUAUUUUAUGAUAUUACCCGUGGCCGGGAAUCCCAUAGAGGUGGGCCUGUUUCAUAUCAGAAUGUGCAUGAAGCAGUGUUGUGCUUGCGCUUGUACGAGUACCUACAGAAAACAUCAAAAUCUUUGGGCGCGCCAAGAAUCACAGUAGGUAUAGUAACACCAUAUAAGAUGCAAUUGAAAUACAUACAACGUGAGUUUGAGAGUGUUCUAAGAACAGAGGAAGGGAAAAGAGAUUUAUAUAUUAAUACUGUCGAUGCUUUCCAGGGCCAGGAACGUGAUGUUAUUAGUAUGUCUUCUGUCCAUGCCUCAAAUCAUGGGGUGGGCUUUGUUGCAGAUAUUCGUCGAAUGAAUGUUGCUCUUACUCGUGCCAGAAGGGCUAUGUGGGUUAUGGGUAAUGCGAGUGCUCUGGUGCAAUCUGAUGACUGGGCAGCCUUAAUUGCUGAUGACAAAGCUAGGAAUUGUUAUAUGGACAUGGAUUCUCUCUCCAAGGACUUCACAAAAGACUUGCUCCCCAAAGACUUUUCCGGGCCAAGGGGACUUGGUUAUUCUCCAUCACAGGUUAAGACUGCUAACUUGAGGGGUUUAAGAUCUGUUGGACCAAGACAUAGGUCACUCGACGUGCACAUGAACUCCAGGUCAGGAACACCAUCAGAAGAUGAAGAGAAGUCAGGGACAACAAUCUUUUCUAGGAAUGGGAAUUAUCGGCCAUUUAAGCCACCGCUGGAGACUUCUUUGGAUGAUAUUCAUCAGUCAGCCGACAAAUCUAUAGAUGCCUGGCAAUAUGGCAUACAGAAGAAGCAAAAUUUUGCUGGUACAAUGGGGAAAAGAGAUUCCUAGAAACUAAUUGUUUUGUCCUUGAACUUUUUUUUGCACAUGAUCCUGUGAGCAGAACUUUAUUUAUAAUCCUUGCAUUGAAAUUUAUGAAUAGUUCUUAGCUCCCCAAGGAUCGAAACAGUUUGUGGGGAGUUGGUGCCAAGCUUAUGUCUGAUGAUUGCUCCCAGAUGAAUAAGGUGAGAGGGAUAUGCAUAGGUCACCAACGAACUCAGCCAGUCCUCGAGACUGAUUCCUGCUAGGAGGUGGAUGAUCUCGGGGUAGGACAUAUGAAAUCAUACCCUAGAUCCACCCACUAGCCUUUACAGGCUUCAAAGGUAAGAAAUAUAUCAUGUCCAUGGUAUGGAACAACAUUUUAAUGUUAAAUUUCAUAUGGGAUCGGUGUGUUAAUCCUGUCUAAUCCAGGAAUUGAAUGCUGGCAUCAAGGAUCGUUCCGCCCAACCAAUAUCC